GAAGUUGGCUCCCUUUGAACGGCGGAGUCAUACGGAAAUUGCCGAAUGAAAAAUUAUUCGUCGACGUAAACAAACAAGCAGCUGGAAAGAGAAGUAAACAAAAACACAGAACACUUGAUUAAUCGAAAUACAUUGAGAUUUCUAUCAAUCUUCUUAGAUACACACACAAUUAACAUACUAUGUCCAAUAGUCCAUUCAACAGGGGGUUUCAUUGGCAGCAAGGACCACCACCUUAUUUCCCUUACAACAGGAUUAUGAAUCAACAGAUGAUGAAUCAUCGCUAUAUGCAGUCCACUAGAGGAUUAUUUAGAGCACCUCAUCCCCAGUGGAACAAUUAUUACAAUAGAAGAGGUCAAGGUUGCUCAUAUAGAGGGCACCACCACCACAGACAUCGUCUACAGUUGAACGAUUAUGAUGACUAUGUCUGCUUCAUCUGUAAAGAUCACUUACAAAAUUGUGAAGACCAAGGGGUACAUUUGUGUGAUGGUGGUGACUCAGGCCAUGAUGACAGCGAUUUAAAGAAAGAAGUGUUAAACUUUACUGUAGAGAAAGAGAGCAUAAAUGCUAGACUAGAAAAACUGGUAUCUGAAAUUAAAGACUGUUUACACACCAAAUAUGAAAGUGUUACAGAAAGUCUUGAAGCACAUGUCUCUAACAGAAUAAAUGAAAUCGACAGUAUCAACAAAGAAGUUGUUGAUGAAAGAGAGCAUCUACAAAAUCUAAAGAAAGAACUUGAAUUACGAGGCAGAGAAUUGGAAAAGAAAGAAAAAGAUCUGAUAGCAAGGGAGAAAAUAUUUGACAAACACCAGGAGAAAUGUAAACGAGAACUACUGAAGGAAAAAGAGGAGAUUGUAAGACAAUGGCAGCAGUUACGGGAUGAGAUCACACGAAUGGAAGAAUUGCAUAAAGUUCAAAAGGGAAGAAUCAAACUUGAUGUUGGAGGAACAGUAUACACCACCUCAGAACUGACCUUGACCAGGGACAGUGAGUCCAUGUUAGCUGCCAUGUUUAGUGGACGUCACAACAUAAAACCUGAGGAAGAUGGCACAAUCUUUAUUGAUAGAGAUGGCACUCACUUCCGUUACAUCCUGAACUACCUUAGGGAUGGUGGAAUCGCAACAGAUGCUCUACCCAGAAGUCGUCAGGUGUUGAGGGAGCUCAGAAAUGAGGCCAUUUAUUUUCAGCUUCAUAGUCUUGCUCAGCAGAUUGAAAAGCUAUUGAAGUGAACAAGCAUUUAAACAAGACUAAGAGAUGAAAUGGAUUGAGUUGUUCCAAAAAGUUCUUAUUGUACAAAGACAUUUAUAGGACAGCUUUAUUGUGACAAGUUAGUCAGUAUAUUGAUGAAUGUGACUGUGAAAUGUAAUUCUAAAUGAGUAUUUAGUGUUUUCAGCUUGCUUUUUGACCCAUGUAAGUUCUCUGUCUUGGUGUCUCAAUUGUCAAAAUCAGGAAGGUAAUAUAAUACAUAAGAGACAUGUGGUACAUUUACUAGACCUCAAAGAUUUUAUUUAGGAAUUGAUGUUUUUUUAAUUGAAAAUGCCUGUAAGCUGUGCAUUGUUGUAAGAGAAAAGGUAAACAUUGUCUGUACGCAGUCAGUGCAUACAACAAUUGAUUUUGGUCCAAGUUAUUGUUGACUGGUGGUCAGCUAGUUGUCAUUUGUAGUUCCUAAAAUCACCUGCUGGUGUAUGCACAGGAUAAGAACUAAAUGCAACUGUCGGAUGAUUCAUAUAUCUUUAUAUACUACAGUUUAUAGGUGUUAAGUAAUGAAUUUAGCUAUAUAUUAUGACCAAGAAAUUAAAAGUUAUUAAAAGAUUGUAACUGUAUCAUUAAUGCAUGAAAAAGAAGAAAAACUAAAGCUUAAAUUGCUUUAGCCUUUGUUAAUGAUUUUGCAAAGUUUACCUGUUCAAGUUUCAAGUGAGACCCCAUUCAUAAAUUUGAAUUGGAAUUCUCUUGCUGCCUAUAGAUGAUACUUAGAUUUGAAAUUAUCUGAUAUUACCAUGUCUACUGUGCAUGUUUUUUCAUUGAUUAUAAAACUUAAUGAUAACAAUUGGCAGCAGUUGUAGAUUUUUGUUCAAUUAGUAUUCACAUGCAUUACAUGCUAUGCAAAUUGGCCAUAGUGGUAAUACUGGUAGAAGUUUUAUUUUAAGAGAUUUAUUGAUGAUAAGUUAAUUCAAGUUAAUUCAAUAAAUAAUAAUAGAUUUAAUUAAGAUUUAAUUGGUUAUUUUUGGUUGUUGAUUAUUUGCAAUCUGUAUUUAACUAUACUCAAACCCACAUUAGUUACACAAAAUGAUACCAGUGAACAAAGUUUAAUCUCAAUCUCCAUUAUAUUUCCAUUUUUUGUUGUUGCAUAGCAUAUUAAUUAAUUGCAUUGUAAUACCUUAGACUAAAGGUUCCAUAUCCCUUAAGAAUCAAAUACAUUUAAAAGUGUAU